AUGUCACGCCGAGCUUGGAGCAAUGUUACGGAAGCUAUCACAGGUCGGGGUUCUAAGAUCUGGGAAAAGCUGGCCAAACCAACAGUCGGGAGGGGAAAGACACAGUGGCCGAAAUCCCCCAGCGAUCUAGAAAACCAUGGUGUCCGAUUCGACUACGACGGGACUAUCGAAGAAGACGGCCAAGUUUACCACAAGUACCAGGUCCAACCUAACGCGGGGAAAAUCCCCAGCUCCUGGAAGGAGUGGAGGGAUAAGCAUGGCGGGACUCAUGCUGUUAUUGGCACUGUUAAGAUCAAGCAAGACGCAACGAAGGAUGAUGUCGACUCGGCUCUAAAGUCUCUUGAAGAGAAACUCUGA